CGACCCCGACGGCCACACCUACUCUGUCUGCCCGUAGCGGAGGAGGAAUCUGACAAGGAGAUAAACACAAUGCUGCCCUGUUGUAACUUUAAUUUUACACGCAGAAAAUCUCACUCGAGUUGAUAACUCAAGUUCUUGCUCUCCCUGUGGACUUUACUCGGACAUUUCAUCCAGUUUUCUUCGUGUUGAAUUUCCCGUGAGGACAGUUGAAGAUUCUACAAGCAAACAUGUUGCAAAGCUUCUCUCAGUCGCAGGACUGGCUUUACUCGGAGCCGCUGCUGUUUGACGAUGAGUUCUGCCAAAGUUUGAUGAAGGACCUCCAGUCGCUGCCGACACCCCCUCAGUCCCCACCGAUGAAGAGCGGGCUGGGUGGCACUAAGCCCCUGUCCAAGGAGGACCAGCUGAGUUAUGUAUCAGACAUCCUGCUGGAGGACCAUGACAUGCAGCUCAACUGGAACUACGAUUUCUUCCACUCCGAUGCUGCUGAGAAGGAAGGCGAGCCCAGCCAGCCCUGCUCCCCUCUGGAGGAGGGCGGCGAGGACUGCCUGUGGCAGUGCCUGGCAGGGGACAAGAGCCUGGAGGAGAAGCUGGUUUCCUCGAUGCUCGGCUCCAGCCCGCUGCUGUCCGACAUCAACACCAGCAUCUUUGAAGAGAUCGCCGGCUCCACACUGGACUGCCAGAAUCUGAUGGACACUCAGGAGCCCAGCGAGGCCACAUCAGACUAUGGCUCAACAGGUGGCGAGCUGUCUACAUAUUCAUCUAGUGACUCUGAGGAGGAGAUUGACGUGGUGACUGUGGUGCGCUGUCCCUCCAGCCCCUCCCCUCGGCCCUCUUUGGCUGACCUGUCUGUCCGUCAGCAGAAGCAGGAAGAGGAGCAGCGAGCUCUCCAACGUCACCACUUUGAGAUCCAGCUGCAACACAACUACGCUGCACCGUGUCCCGCCUCACCGCCAGUUUCAUCAUCCUCCUCAUCCAACAAGCGAUCACGAGGGAGCGAUGGCUCAUCGCGGUACCAUCACUCCUCUCGCAGCUCUUCAUCAUCGUCAUCAUCAUCAUCCUCAUCGCGGUACCACCACCACCACCAUUCGUCGCGGAAUUCUACAGAGACCGAAGAUGAGGAGGAGAGGCGGCGGACACACAACGUGAUGGAGCGGCAGCGGCGUAACGAGUUGAAGAAUUGCUUCGUGCGCCUCCGCGACAACGUGCCUGAGCUGUCGCACAAUGACAAGGCAUCCAAGGUGGUGAUCCUGAAGAAGGCCAGAGACUGCAUCUACGGCCUGGAGGACGAAGGCCAUAGACUGCAAUCCAAGAGGGACAAACUAAGAGCAAAACAGGAAGAGCUGAAAGCGAGGCUGGAGCAGCUUCGCAGCUAAUGGUCCAAGACCGAACCAUGGGCUGCAUUUUUAGCUGUGUAGAGACAAUGCGGGUGGGGGGUGAGGGUGGAUAAGGGAAGAGACUUUGUACAAAGACAGAGGGUUAGGUGGGGAGAAAGGAUGGCGUGUCAUGCUGAAAAGAGUGCACAAAGAUUGACAUUUCAAGGACUUGAUGGUAACAGUAGCUCUGAACUGUAAAGAGUCACACAUGCAACUGUUGCCAUGGACAAACACGACACACUCAUUGCCUCAGAACUGAUCAUUCUCAUGCCUUGACUGCUGACUGUUGUAGAGAGUAGGAUGUUUUUUAAAACGAGGAUGGAGCGAGCAGAUUUUUUUAUUUUUUAGCUUGGCUGAAUGCACAUUGAAAGACAAGGACAGUAUAUUUUUGUUAUCGUUUGUUUUUUUAAUUUCAUUCCAUUUGGGAAUCUUAAGUCUUGGGGAUGCCAAAUGGCACAUGUGAAAUUGAUGCGAGGCAGAAGUGCCUGUUGAGUCAAAUAACUUGGAGCCCCAUCAGCUCAGUAGUUGAAUGAAACUUGAAUAUUGUUUUCAGGAUGUCCUAUAGCCAUACUAACCAGUGAUCCCUCCACUCUGACAGGUGGUUGAUGGUGGCUUCGAAGUUAUUUGGGCAGCUGCACUUCUGUCAAUUCCAGUUAAAUUCCAAAUCUGAUAUUAUGAAAUUUGUCUUGGUUAGGAAAAAGGUUUUUCAGUGUGCUUUCAGUCCUGUUUGGCCUCAGGCGGACCCUUGGGCCCAACACCACUCUGUUAAUCAGGUUAAUGUGUGUCAAUGACAGUACUGUAUAGACCAGGUUUGAUACUGUACACAUAACAAUGCUCGGCCUCGGUUCAGUUCACCACCACCUCAGUCACUUCAGAGUGUGUGUGUGUGUGUGUUUUCUGGAGUUGUGAAAUUGGAAAUUACUUUGUGUAUUUAAGUAUUUGUCAUUAACUAACUCAAAGGUAGCCAUAUUAAAGCAUUCAGGUUGUGAGGAGACUGAGCUGCAAAGUGAACUGAACCAUGGGCCGUGCUGUCGUAGCAAAUCAGCCAAAGUCGGGAAGGAAAACCAAUGCAUAACAUUUGAUAUUUGCAUGUCGGAAAUGGAGCGACAAACCGAUGGUGUCCUGACGUUAUUUAAAGGUUCUAGUUGGAGGAAGCUGCAACCGCAGUAAUACUGUGAUCUUUAGUUCCAUAGCUCGGAGAGCAGCCGUUUGCUAAGUGUAAAUUAAGGAAAAUGGUCCACAUAUUUAUUAUUGGACGACCAUUAAUCUCAUGGAAAUUGUUUAAAUGUCAGUGAUUUAUUUGUCAGUGGCCCUCUUUGGUCAAACGUUCUUCAUCACAUUAUGAGGAUGACCCUGAAGAUGCUGUAAUUAAGUGACCGAUUGAUCACGACCUUAAGCCUGUGAUAACUAAAUGUGUUGUCAGUUUUAACAUAAGAUUUGAGCCAUGUACAUGUUACAUGAAUGAGGGCCACUGACCAACAUUCCCAUUUUUCAAAGAUGGACGGCCUCGCUGGAGCCAUUUUGUGCCCAAUAAAAGAUAUAUUUUAUUACAUGGACACAAAAUGGCAGCUGGAGAGAGCCGUGACGCCAAGUAAUAUUUUAAGAAAGUAAAAGAAUACUGUACAUGUUCACCAGGAUCCUGUUAUAUCCAUUUACUACAGGGUGUUUUGUUGAACUUGUACUUUGGGCUGUAUCUGAAGUUUGAGAUAUCAAUAAUGGGGAUACAUGUUUAAUUGAAUGCUAUUUUACUCUAAAUAUCAAUUAUUGUAAAUGUUAUCCAUUCAUGUGCUAUUUGACACGGAUAAGCAAAUGUUCUCCAUUUGCACAUUUCAUUACAAAUGUCUUAAGUGCAUCCUGUUUCGUAUUACGAGUUCUUCCUCCUUCAGACUGAGUGUACUUGAACAGACCCUUGGUUGGUAGGAAUAAUGAGAUUUGAGGUUUUUUGGUGUUUUUAAACCUGUUCUGCCUUGAAAUGAAUUCUGUUCAGGUCUUCUUGUUUCCUGUUUGAUUAUGUGGCUGUCUGGUUAAAACCUCAUCUCCUUCAAACACGAGCGGAGGCUUCCUGAUUUUUCUUCCAAACGUCUCCCAGUUGAUUUUUUUUAUUUUUUUCUCCUUGUGUGAAGCCUCCCAGCCAUGAUGAACCACCUUCUGAAGUCAAGAGGUUUUAACCAGACAGCAGGGAUGAUUUUUGUUCUUAGCAUGAUAAAACCUACCUCCACCUGACUGCAGUCUGGCCUGUAAUGUUUUGAGUUUUUUUCUUUCUGGUUAAAAUAUUGUACAGAUUUUUUUAAAUGUCAAUAUUUUUGUUAUUGUAUCAUAAAUUAUUUUAGUCUUUUUUUCCUCCUUUGUUCAUUUUGAAUUUGAAU